AUGGCAAUGCCAGGGAAGGUGAAAAGCCUACCCAACAAGUUUCAGAUGCAUCCGCAUGUCCACUUUGAAUCACCUCCUGUAACCUCUAUAGAAUUGAACCAAAAUGGAGAAAUACAAAGACAGAAGAAAAGCUCUUCAGAAGAAAAUCAAAUGUUAAAGUUCCCAAAUACUCGGGCAAUUCUUUGGGAUCACAAAUGUAUCGACACUCCAGUGCAGUUACACAUCUCUUACUACAGGAAACCAAAGUUAUGUGUACUGGAGCGUGUGAUCCGUUUUGCUCAGCGUCAUUUACAGAGUACAGGACAGCAGGAAUGCUCAUGUGCAUUAGUAGGCUCUCUCUCUAUUGAUGAAGAUGGUGAGGGUGUCAAGUUUACUUUGGACCGUUUUGACCCUGGUGGUGGAUUGACAUCUAGUGUGGGUGCUUUGACCCCUGGGGACAUGGCAGUACCAUUACAGAUUAUGGGCAACACUAAGAAGGAGAGGGAGAGCUCAAUAGAUGAUUAUCUCAUGGGAUUAAAGGUGCUAAAACAGAGAUGUUGUGCAAAAGAGUCUCUAGAUGUUGGCAGUUUUCUGUUGGUGAAAGGCUGGUGUAAUUUCUUCUCUACUGGGGACAAGAGUGUGCACCAUCUGGAGUUUGAUGUCAUAACUAUGGGUACAGAGUUCAAAGCUGUGCCCAUCACCCCCGUUCCUAUAGUGCCAACCGCUUUGUCUAAAAAUCUGUCGGGACCUAUGAGUCUGAGUCACCUGCAGGGAGAACCCAAAGCAGGCUACCUAACAAUGGACCAUACAAGGAAAGUGCUAUUAGUCUUGGAAUCUGAUCCCAAAGUCUUCAAUCUACCUCUUGUUGGAAUAUGGGUGAGCGGUGUGCCAUUUGUGUACAGCCCCUUUGUGUGGGCCGCAUGUCUACGGUAUCUCCAUAACUCCAGUAUCACUGACAGGAUAUGUUCCCCUCCAGAACCAUUUCUACUGGUACUCUACAGCCCUGUCCAUUCUAAACCAGAGUUCUAUGAACUCAGUACUAUGUCCAACACAUCUAAGAUGGACUUUGACCUCCUUACAGGAUAUGAAGUUGUCAGCAUAUCCAAAUCUAAUAAUCCAAACGCUACAUUUGAUGUGGAUUUAAAUACUGUCAAGAGUGGUCAUAAGAGGGACCUGUUUGAUGGUGCUCUUCAUCGAUUCAGUGAAAGUUCUUCUGAAGAGCCUACAUUUAAGUCAGCUCCUGUUAGUGAUGAAAUCACACCAAGGAAUAUACCAGCUCCUCACAGAUCAAAAUUGCCUGCUAUGAUGCCUAUGGUUCCUGAAGUGUCACUAUUGUUUGGUGAGGAUGGGCAAUCAGGUAUCUUCUCUGAAGGAGGACCAAAGAGAUUGGGUAUUAACCAGGGACGUCCUCAUGGUAUUAAUAACAUCAAGGAUUUUACUCCCCAGCGCCCUCUGACCAGUAUUUCUAGUCAGCCAAAUAUGCCAGCUUACUCACAACAGCCACCACACUACUCUGGGCAUAACAGUCAGCAACCACAAAGGAGAAUGCCACUCCACAGCCAUAGUGCCCCAGAGCUUAACCAACUCUACCAGCAACAGAAUCGUCAGCCUCGUCCCCACUCCAGCACUGGCACACAGGGACCUCCAGUCAGCAGAGUUGGAGUCCACAACUACAUGGGUAAUAUGGCCUUGUCAGAAGAGGGUGACCAGAUAUCUGUUGGUCAGCCACUGUACCCACAGAAUAACACACACCAGAAUAUGUCACAGCCAAACAACCCACAAGGACAGAGAAUGAUCAAUGGCUAUAAUUCACAAAGUGGACAUCCUUAUCCAGUGACUCAAAGUCAGCCACACAGCCAGCAAAACUGUAGCAGCAUACCACAUCCAAAGCAAGUCCCAUAUGGUGACUACAGCAAUCAGCAGCAGCAGCAUGGAAACUCUAUGCCAAGAGCACAAGAUCCAUCACCACAUCAUUCAUUCAUGCCAAGUUUACAAGGUCAAGUGCCAUCCAGGUCAGUUCAGCACCCAGUUCCAGUCCAGCCACAACCUCGCAUGUCCAAUCCAGACCCCAGGAUGGGACCAAGUGUUGCUCUUACAACUCCCACUGGACCAAGUAGAAUGCACCAGCAACAAGCCUACAGCCAACAGCCUAGAUUUAGUCAGCCACAGUCAGCAUUCGUUCAUCACCAACCUGCUCCAGCCUCAAAUGGGCAUCUACUUCCAACAUCAAUCUCCAAUGGUCAUUUAUAUCCAAUGUCAGUCCCCAAUGGUCAGAUGCAUGCCACUUCCUCCUCCAAUGCCCAUGUGUAUUCCACUACACCCAAUGUGGCUCAGGUCUAUAAUGAGCAAACACCAGCUCCUCAUUCCAAUGGACAAAUAUUUGCUACCCCUCAAGUAUCCAACGGUGUGAUGACACAGUCAAUGCAGGGAAAGUCUUCACAGUUUACUCCAGUAUCUGGUGGACAGAUAGUCCAAAAUCUGGACCAGAGGAGAUCUACAACAGAAGGGGACAGCAGCAAGUCUAGUGAUGAUAGUGGACUUAGCUUCACUCCGGAGAAAGGAAUCAAUGCAAAAAAUGGUGCGUCUCCCCCUGAAGGAUUAAAGGAAUCUAGUGUGCCACAGGCACUUGGAGGAUCAGAAAUCAACUGGAACCAGGUUCCAAAGGAAGUGUAUCAGCUGCUUCUACAGCAGGAUGCUCAGCUCAAACAGCUACAGUCUCAGAUACAAAUGCUCAUGCAUAGUCAGAGUGCCUCCACACAACACACAACCAUGACAGACUUACAGCCUUCCAUCAACUCAUCAGAUUCUCAGACACAGGACAGUUCCGUUGGUCCAAUGGCCGAAGAAAAUACAAAGAACAAUAUGUGUUCAGUGGGAGUCAACACUACCAUGCUGUAUCAGCAGAAUAAGCAAUCUGUGUCGCUCCAGACCAGCCCCCAAAAGGCUCGACAACAACUACAGCAUCAGGUGUCCUUGCCCCACAGUCAGUCCUCGAGUGAUGGACCUCACCCAUACAGUCAGCACACAAGUCACCACUCCAGUGAGGAAUCACAGUGUAGUUUGAGUGACCCAAGACAGAAGUCAUCAGGGAGCAGUUCUACGCCAAGUGAGGCCUCCAGAUGUAGUAAUGAUCCUCGAACGCCUGCAGAAAUCCGACAUAGAGGUGUUUUGCCUCUCAACAGUACAGAGCGGGAAGAGGACGUGGAUGUUUCCCAAGGGGACCUUUCACAUGUCAUGAGCAACAUGCUAGUCCACAACCAGACAGUUGACAGUGUCCAGUCAGAAAUCAUUGUUGACCUUCCAAGUUACCAGUCAUCUCCUUCCAGAUCGAUCACGUCUAGAGAGACGGAAUCCAAUGAGUUCAGUAAGAGUCCUCUGUCAGCCAGCAUGUGUGGAGGAAACAUGGGAGAGGGGGAAUCAGAAGAUGAACAUGUGGAUGAUGACAAGAAUACAAAGCAGUACUAUGACAGACUAAUGGACAACAUCCAUAAAAUGCUAAACCAGCAGAGUGUUGAGGACAUGGAAGGAAUGGACAGUGGUCAUGUGGAGAUGACCAAGGACACACUACAACAGAGUAUCAUGUUAGGACAACAUCUCAGCAACAUGCAGAGGUAUGAUGUUUCCAGUAACCCAGCUGACACAACAUACAUUCCUAAGAUCAACUACAUGUCCAUGUUGUUUGACUCGGACUCAGACAGCUCAAUGGAAAUCAAUGCCAUGGCAAUGAAAUACCUCAACGAUGAGCAGCUCACACAGAUGAGUAAAGCUCAUUCACAAGCAGCUCACACAAGAGGCUUAUCAAAAGGUUUAAAAGAAAAUCAGCGCCUUGCGAUGCUAAAACAUGUGCUGCAAAAUGAUAAGGAUUCUACCCCUAAUGUAACCACGAUGGGAAUGUCUCCAAAUGACAUGACAUUUGCCACGAGGAAAUACAUGGAGAAACAUGGACUCCUUAGUGAGAGCAACGGUGACAGUAGUGUUAACACUCUGAUGGAUGAUACCUAUCGAUUAAAACUGGACUACAGUACAGCUACCUCAGGCUCUGAUACGCCAGCUCAGGUCACUCCAGAGGUACUCCGACACAGACCUGUAAAGGGGUCACUAACACCCCAGAGUAGGACUCCUAAUAGUCAGAAUGUAUCUGGUAGUCCAUACAUACACAAGGAGCAGUUCACUGACAAAAUGAGAAGUCCAUUAGUAAAUGGACACAAUAAAGAUUACGGGAGCCCUUGUGUUGAAAAAACAAAGAAAAUAGGAACUCCAUAUUCCAACUUCUCCCCAGUCACACCUAAAAGUACUCCAACUCGCGGUGUACAACAGUUCUCCUCUCCACAGCAACCACACACUCCUGUCAGAACUUGUCACCGAGAUAGAACACAGGAGGAAGAUUGUUCUUUGCCACAAGGUCAGACAAGUAACAAUGCCACACCCACCCAACAGCCUUUACAUCGUGCUUCAAGUACACGUCCACAUGGUUACCAUGAUUACCACAGUCCUGUGGGAGACAACCGACGGGUGGUUACUGGGGAUAGAGUGUUGAGUCCCAUAGCCAGGGAACCAUCCCCACCUGUAGUACACAAAUCCAAGGAAGAAGAUGACAACAUACUAGAUAUUACACGUCUGAAGACACUCCCCAAACUGCUAUGAUGUUGAUUGUGUAUAGUUUUAUCAUUGUCAAUAUAACGACCAAAGAUGGGCAGGUAAUGGUGGUGCUGAUAUUAACCAGUGUUUUACCAAGUGAAUUUAUAUAGAUAUUUUGUAUUAGUUUUUAGAUAGGCAUUAAUGUAAUUAGGUCUUUAUAAAUAGAUAGAAUGUUCAUGAUACAAAGGUGUUAUUAUCUGUAAUGCCUGACAGUUAUCAUGUUGAGAUAUUGGUCCUGAAAUUUGAAAUGUAGAUACUCUGAAAUGAAAUUAUCUUUGUACAUGUUUAAAUGCACACAACUACCACAAAAA